AUGGAGCGACAUUUCACCGGCAAUCUCCUGCCACCUGCUGGGCCUGGGGCCCAGCAGCCGCUUCCGCUCGAGUCGUUCAUUGACCGACUUGGAGAAAGGAUGAUACGGCUUGAGAUAGGCCCUGAAAAUAAAAAAUUUCACGCCCAUAAGAACCUGUUGUGUACCAGAUCUAACUGGUUUGCCAACUAUCUUAGUCCUAUGACCAAUGAUCUCGAAGUAGAGUAUGGUGAGGUUAUACCGUUUCCGGACUGGGAUCCGAAAGUGUUUACCAUCUUCCUCGAGUGGGUCUAUACCAAGCAGAUCGUACUGCCCUCGCGUAUUGCGCCUGAGAACCUAGAGCAACCAGUCCGACCAGAUAUCCAAGCCGCCGCGACUGCAUAUAGAUUGGGAGAAUUCCUUCAAUCGCUAUAUUUUAGGGAUGCAAUAGCGGACAAGGUAAAGACACUGUUCAAGCCACCGCAUAGUUACCCCUAUCGUGAAAUCGGGGUUAUCGAAUUCAGGGACGUCGUAGGAGCUUAUGGGUUUGCGCCGCUACAUUCGCCAUUGCAGGCUUUGUUCCUAGAAUUGGCACUUUUCUACCAUCUGUCAUUGAAGGGCGGCUCUACAGCAAUGAUCCCCUUACCCGAAACUAUGGGGUUGAUGUGGCCUAAGUUCGAGGGCAGCCUAUUCUGUAUGGAUGAAGAAGGUCUGACAUUGCGUCACUUGACGAAUCCCCUUCUUGCUCCUUUUUGCCGGUAUCAUCUCCAUGGACCUCAAGAUACCUGUGGCAAUUACACUGAUAUAUGCCCCGAACCGAUCUGGGUCCAAGAGUCCCAGUACAGACGCCCUUUCAGGUAA